UCUCUCUCCCUCCCUCUCCCUCUCUAUGGAAGGCACAUGCAUGUUGCCCACAUUUCUCAACAGUUCUUUGUGAUUUAUUCCACCUACUUCUCUUGAAGGCUACUCCAAAACCAGCAGUUACAGUAACGAAUAUCACUUUUUUCCACCACGACACAAAGUGUUUCUUGUUGCAAAGGAUGAAAGCUCGUUAUAUGUAUUUAAUUUCUUACUAUGUGGUUCAAUUAUCUAAUGUUAUUAGAAUCAUCUUUUAGGACGGAGUGAAACAUUAACUAAUAACUUUUUAGGUGUUAUGGAAAUGGAAUGAUUAACUGCAUGCUGUAGCCAGUGUGGGUAGGCAGGACUUAAAUAAAUAUUCUUUAGUCGGACAUAUCAAACGCAACCUCAAAAAAAAAUAAAAACACACCUCUCUAACAUCCCUCCCUAAAACCAAUCCCAAAUAUAACUUCAAGCUUCAGUAUCAGGAUGUCAGGAGACAUGGCAAUAACCCCGAUAUAUUUGCAGCUGCUUGUCCUGUCUGCUGCCAUACUAUCACUGCUGAGGCCUUUUGGGUGUGAAGUUCCCAUCCAGAACACAGAGAUCCAGGCUGAACUGGGAGGCAGAGUGUGGCUGGACUGUGACCUCAAGGGUUCGUUUACGCUCCUGUACUGGCAGGGGGGAAAGACCCAAGAAACUCUAGAUGAAGAGGACCUCUUCAUCAAUGGGAUCUCCAGAACACCAAACAGACCAUUGGACAUUAAUGAAGAGUUCAAGAACCGCUCCAGGGUGUAUGAAACCAAUGGAACCCUGGAACUAUGGAAUCUGAAGCCGUCAGACACUAUGUAUUACAAGUGCUAUCAGGUCUCAGAGGACUCAACUAUCAAGUCGUUGUACCACUUAAACGUGACGGCCACUUACACAAAGCCAGCCUUGACGACAUACUCCCGUGAUGAUGGCCUCCUCGAGGUGACUUGCUCCUCCUGGGGAGGGUUUCCUCGACGUGGCGUUCAGUGGUUUGUGCUUGGUGAGAACAACUCCAUUGGCUGGCAGGAGGUAAACCAGACUGCGCUGCAGGAUCCGACGGACCUCCUGUGGAACCUGACCAGCACCAUUGCUCUGAACUGCACUCGGGCGCUGAGGAUCUCUUGUGCCGUAGGGAACGCCACGUUAGCGGAGCUCGACAUCUGUACACAGUCAUCCCCCUUCCCUCCUAGUGUGAUAAUUGCGAUAGCUGUUGUGGCUGUGUUAGUGGCUGGCAUGUCUGUGGGCUGUCUUGUGGGUAUCCUGAAGAGGGUUUGCCCUACCAGACGCUCUGAUGGGGAACUGGAGCUUGCGGUUGUUGUGCCAUUGCGAUCCACCAAUGACCCUCCCAGUUAAGAAGAGUAGACGACGAGCCUCGGUCCACACUCCAAUUGAGCCAGUUUGAUUGGUGGAGAGCUGCCGCCCACUGUGUCCAGGGUGAUUCCCCUUGUGCGCUGGACUCUCAAAAGUAUUGGAAAUGCUGACCCCUGGUGGUGAGAUGGGGGUGUGCAUUCUGGGGAUAGAUCCAUGUGCUGCACCCCACCCCCACCCCACACACUCCCCCUUCUCCCAGUGCAUAUGCAGGCUGUGUGCUGUGGAUGAAGACAGGGACACUGUUUGUCUCUGAUGAUUGGGGUCGCCAAUGAACAUGAAGCCAUUGUAGGUGUCAGGUUAAGAUAUUGUUUCUCAGCUUGUUGCAGGUGUAGAUGACUAUCUGUAUGUGAGACCAGUGGAUGCACCAACAAGAAAGCAUUGUGUACUGUGUAUUAAGUAACUUACUGUAUUAAAUUGCACUUUAUUUGGAUGGUCCCUUAUAGAUUAUCUACAGAUACUUAGAUUAUAAACAAACUAUCUGUUGAAACUCCGUUAACUACAAUUUAUGGUUAAGGUUGGGGUUAAGGGCUGGGAGUUAAGGUGAGGUUCAGUGAUCAAUUAGACGACUAUUCAAGACUAUAGACGACUAUUCAAAUAAAGUGUCAACGCAUUUUCUUGUUAGACUUUCUGAAAUAUCUUAUCUGUGAGUUCUUGUAUUAAGAACGUUUGAAUAUGUUGGAACAAGAAGUAAUAUAUUAAUGGUUGUUUGUUGCUGCUUUCAUAUGACUCAGUGAGUUAUAAAAAAAGAAAAAAUGUUGAACAUGAAAUGUUCCUUUUGUUCAAGAAUUUAAGAAUUUAAGUUCUCAGUGGACAUUUGUUGACCCUUCUUUAGGUUCUGACUUCCAUUCUAUAUUUUUAUACAAAGAGAUGUUAUUAUUUAAUUACAUUAAAUUAUUUCUUCUAA